AUGGCGGCGCCCUCGGCCCCGCCGGCCGCCGCCGCCCUCACGGUGCUGCUGUCGCUCGGAGCCUCCGCGUCCGGGCUGCUGCGGGCUGUCCCCGCCGCCCGCUCCGCCGCCGCGUUGCGCCCCGCAGCCCUGCACGACGGGGAAGUUCACAGGUUGAUCACCUACAUCUUCAUCUAUGAGGACCUGACCUCCCUGGCCUGUGGUGCUGUCAUCAUCUGGUACUUUGCUGGCAGCUUUGAGAAGAACGUGGGCACAGUGAAGCACUGCAUCCUCACUGCCACCUUCUCUGUGCUCUCUGCCCUCCUCUACCUCUUCCUCCAGCCCCUUGUCUCCAGGCUGCUGGAGGUGGGAGAUGCCAAGGGGUUCAUGCCAGUGGCUUUUGCCAUGCUGGGGGUGUCCACUACCCGCUCACGCAUGAAGAGGACUCUGCUUUUGGGGUACAGAGUUCCUGUGCUGCUGGUGCCGUGGUUUGGGCUCUGCCUGGCGUGGUUUGUCCCCCAUUCUUCCCUCUUGGGGAACCUGUGUGGGCUCCUGGUUGGGGAAGCCUAUGGCCUUGGCUACUGUUUCUGCUUGGAUUUCCCAGAGUCUGUGGGCUCUAAGCUGGACCAGGUGUUCCCUUUCACUCUGCUGAAGAGAAUACCAGGGCUGAAAUACAUCCCAGGGUCCUUGGCAGAGAGGAGAGCCUCUGGAAACAACGUGAUUAAAGCCGUGCCUGGCACUUACCCCACCCAGAGCUACCAGUGCCCAUCGCCUCUGGCUCUUCCUGCUCACCCCAGUGCUCAGGGCCAGGCCUUUCAUCACAGCCAGGCUCUGGGACAGCAGGCACCUCAGCGUGGCUCUGCUGCAGGACACAGCCCCAGCUCUGCCCCCUGCCAAGCCAGAGGUGCCUUUGGAGAGUGCCCUGGGCAGGCUGGAGCCUCACCAGGACAGUGCUGCCAGCUGGGCAAAUUCUCUGUCCCACAGCCACCCACAGCCAUGGGCCUUCAGCCAGCACCAGGGCCCCCAGCAGCCCCAGUGGGGCCUGUUCCAGCUGAAUUUACCAGAGUGCAGGUGUACUGAUCCUCCAGAGAGCAGCAGGACUCAGGGCACGAGUGCUGAGUGAGGCUGGCACAGCAGUGCAUUGCUGGAUCUGUGCUGUGUCUGGGUGAGUGUUGGUAACUCCAGGGAAAGCCAUUCCCUUGCUACUUGAAUUAUAUUUCCUUUAUAAUUUUUUUUAUUUUAUUUUUUGAUGUGGCUGGAGGAUGGGAACUGUGUCACCUCAGUGAACUUCUCAUCCUUUUUAAGUCUUUCUUCUUUGCUGCAUUUAGCAGCUGCCUUUUUCCACAAUUCCACUGGAGUUCCAGUGCACCAGGUCCCCAGGCCAAGGUAGGAACCUCGGUGGCAAACAGAGCAAACCUGGGCUUUAACUAAGAUUUGCUCAUGCUCAUUGCAGCUUUAACUGAGCUGCAGCAAUAAGCAAUAGGCACUUCUCAUUUACAUUCCUGUCUUUUUUACAGCUUUGAUGUAGCUAGAACCCAAAAGAGUGGGAAUCAUAUGAGCUUUAGUUUGUAACUUAAAAUUAAAUGGAGUAGGACAAUGUCUGUUCUGGUGACUUUUCCACUUAAGAGAGUGCCUUGAAGGGGGCUUGUUACACCAACCUGGGGCAGGAGGAGAGAAUACAGAGUACCUUCUUCUGCUCCAAAACUCAGCUCUAAAAUGCUGAAGGUCCUGUGCCUGCAUCAAUGCAUUGCCUUCAUUAUCUGAGAGCAUUGCACCAGCUCAGCCUGUAUCACCAGCCCUUGGCAACCUCAAAUGCCUGUGAAGUAGUGAGAGACUCUUCAAUAAGGGAUUUUGGCCCUUUGUGGAGCAAAUAUUUAUGAAUCCAAGGAGCUGGGAGGGACCUUAACAAUGGGUUAGAAGAAUUAAGUGGAAUGUAGCAGUGCUGUUGGGGGUGUUCACACUGCUCAGCUUCAGCAAUCUCACCCACCAAUAUUAGCACAAUCUCUCAGGUUUUUUCAGAGCUGGUGGGCAAGUGUGUGGGAGAGAGGAGUUUUCAGCCAGGGAUUUACAAUAGGAUUCACUGUUUGGUGCCUGAGGCUAUAAUGAAGGAGUUGCUGGGAUUUGAGCUUUAUUCCCAGCUGUGUAGCCCAGUGUGCAGUGCCCAGGAGGAAUCUGCUGUCUCCGUGGCUGUAAAUCAGCCAGGAUCUCAACAACUGCCCUUGACUCUCCUUGGAGUUUUGCUGUGCUCCAUAAAAAAGUGCUCCAUGAAGCACCAAGUGCCAUUCCUGCUCUUGGAGAUGUUCUUGCUGUGCCUCACCCAUCCCCAGAAACUCCACAGCCUCGGGGCUCCUCCCUGCUCUCCAGUGAGCCUGCCAGAGGCAGCUCUGGCACAUUCCAAACCACAUCCCUGCCUCUUUCAUUUUUCCAUCAUCAGGGUGAGAACAAACCCUGAGUUGUCACCCAGCUGCUUUACUUCUCCAGCAGUCCCUCUGGAGUCACUGCCAUGGUCCCAUGUGGGAUCCAGGGGCUUCCUUCUGGAGGAGACCAAAGUCAGUGUUGACAACUUGCACCUCACAGGAGUAAAACAUGAGUAAGAAGCUCUUGUGAAGGUGAGCACCCAGGCAGAGCUUUCAGCAUCAGCUUGGGAACCAGCUUGGAGUUGGGGGACAACUCUGUUUCAUACCUGAUUAUUUCCUCUGUGGGAUCACAAGUGGACUUGAUUUUAUGGUCCUCUUUUUCCUGCUGACAGCAAUUGCAUUGUUAUACUUUAGUGUGGAGCAAGAGCAGGAUAAGGAGUUUGUUUGGAAUUUAAAAGCAUGUUUUUAAUACCAGGAAAGAAAUGCUAGAGAUAACAUUGAAAUGUUGACACUCCACUCCUGUUAGUGCCUUGAUUUUUCCUCCUUGUGAAAUCCUUGCCUGUAAACUGAGCAAUUUUACCACCGAUUUUUUUUUACCAGAAGGGUGAUGAGGAUCAACAGCAAUCACAAAUGUUGUGUGUCUCCAAAGUGUGAACUUGAAAUAGAAUCUGAAAGAUG